UCACGCGCUAAACGCCUGAGUAACCAUUCAAUAUUCUGCAAGUUCUAAAUGAUGGCGGGGUUUUCCGUCACACGAAAGCUAAUCCCCACAAGAAUACCCUCUAUCUUGUGCCGUCGAGUGUCUUCUUUCUUCAUAGAGGACUACACUCCACCUCAGCUCGAUCAUGUCACUUCUGAUUGGGAAAAACUUUAUAAGCAAAGUAUCAAAGAUCCCGAAACUUUCUGGGGACGGCUUGGUGCGACGCGGUUAGAUUGGAUGAAACCUUUCGAUUCAGUCAUGGACGUAGAUUUGCAAAAGGGCCAGCAUAAAUGGUUUUUAGGUGGCAAACUCAAUGUUUCAGUAAACUGCGUUGACAGACACAUGGAGGCAGAUCCUGAUCGCUGUGCCUUGAUAUGGGAGAAAGAUGAACCAGGGGAUGUGGAAAGGAUCUCCUACAGAGAGUUGUAUGAAAUGGUCAACAAGAUGGCAAAUGUUUUCAAGAGCCAUGGAAUCAAAAAAGGAGAUGUUGUAUGUAUCUACAUGCCAGUCAGUCCAUUAGCUGUUGCUGCCAUGUUGGCUUGUGCAAGAAUUGGUGCACCUCACAGUGUUGUAUUUGCUGGGUUCAGCUCAGAAGCUUUAUCCAGCAGAAUAAAUGAUGCAAAGGCUGAAACUGUGAUCACAGCAGAUCAAGUGGUGCGAGGUGGAAAGGUUGGUGAGCUAAAACAGACAGUUGACAAAGCUGUGGCUGCCAGUCCAUGUGUAAAGCGAGUGUUUGUUGCCAGCCGUACUGGAGCAAAUGUUCCUAUGGGAAAACUGGACAUUCCUCUUGAGAAGGAAAUGAGUAAACAGUCGACGGAGUGUGAACCUGAGGAAAUGGAUAGUGAAGACAUUUUGUUCUUAUUGUACACAUCUGGUAGCACAGGACAGCCAAAGGGUGUGGUCCAUACACAGGCUGGGUACCUUCUCUAUGCUAAAUUAACACACAAGUAUGUAUUUGAUUACCACCCUGGUGACAUUUUUGGCUGUGUGGCUGAUAUUGGUUGGAUCACAGGGCACACAUAUGUUGUAUAUGGCCCAUUAUCUAAUGGGGCCACCACGGUUCUGUUUGAGAGCACCCCUACUUAUCCAGACCCGGGACGCUAUUGGGAAAUGGUGGAGAGACUGCGGGUGAAUCAGUUCUACGGCGCACCGACUGCAAUAAGAUUGUUACUGAAAUCAAGCAAUUCUUAUGUCACAAAGUAUGACAGAUCGUCUUUGAAACUUCUGGGAACAGUUGGUGAGCCAAUCAAUGCGGAGGCUUGGUACUGGUAUCACGAUGUUGUUGGGGAGAAGCGAUGUGCCAUCGUGGACACGUGGUGGCAGACAGAGACCGGUGGUAUUCUCCUAUCUCCCAGACCUGCACCAGAUGAUUCACCCCUCAAACCGGAAUUUCCCACCAGACCUUUCUUUGGAGUGGAACCUGUCCUACUGGAUGAGAAGGGUCGAGAGCUGACUGGAAACGACGUGAAAGGCGCCUUGUGUAUACGUACAUCGAUUCCCAGUAUGUCUCGCACCAUAUAUGGUCAUCAUCAGCGGUUUCUAGACACCUAUUACAAUCCUUUCAAAGGAUUUUACUUUACCGGUGACGGUGCUUUACGAGACAAGGACGGAGACUACAGAAUUACGGGAAGGAUGGAUGACGUCAUCAACGUCAGUGGCAAGCGCCUGGGAACAGCAGAAAUCGAAGACGCCAUGGAUUAUCACAAAUCAGUCGCUGAAACUGCUGUCGUUGGAUUUCCACAUCCUGUGAAAGGAGAAGGUAUUUAUGCGUAUGCAACACUAAAGGAUGACGCCACAAUUUCCGCGGAAGAUUUAAGAAAAGAACUGAAAGCCAUCGUCCGAGAGAAGAUAGGUUCCUUUGCUGUCCCAGAAGUCAUUCAGGUUGUGUCUGGUCUUCCAAAGACCCGGUCUGGAAAGAUAAUGCGUCGUAUUUUGAGGAAGGUAGCCCAGAAUAAACCCGAUGAACUGGGCGACGUUUCCACCUUAGCGGAUCCUUCAGUUGUGGAGGAAAUUGUUCAGCAACACACCAAGCAUAUGCUGGAGGUGCGAGCGAAACACGGUUGAGGUGUACCACUUGCUGGUGUGAAGGGACGGAAAUGGCAAAGUCUUCUAUAACCACCAUCAUCUUACCAUCAUCUUACUCUUACCUCGCCUUGCAAAUUCUCAGAACUAGUUUUCAACAGAAUAUAUAGUAGUGAGAAAGGAGAGUUAACUGAUUGAUAAUAGGAGUGAACGAGUUCGGAGUAGGCCGUAGUACUUUGUAAGAGUUGACUAUUUUUGAAAACGUGGCUUUGCUUGAUUCUCAAAGGGUGUCACGCUCUCUGGAGUUGCACUCGGCCAAGGAAAAAUUACCUUCAACUUGAGGAAUAGUAGAACAUUCGUAAUUUACAGAAAAUAUUCCCAAAAUGUGAAUUGAAAGAUUUGAAAGGGAUUGAGGGUGAUUGAUUUAAGAUGAACAAUAGGAUGAAUAAUCAUUCUUUUUCGUUUCUUUCAAAGCGACAUUGUUUAGUAAAUUUAAAUGUAAAAAAAUGAAUUAUCCGAAUCCGUGGUUAAAAAAUAUUGUAGAGAAAACAAACAAAAAAGUGCUAAUACCUAAGGAUACUCUCCACACGAAAAUUUUCAGAACCGACGCGAAAGGCGCGUAAAGAGUUAACUGUUUUUCCCGCUUCUAUUUUUUGAACGCCAUUCACGAUUUUAGUCAACACUGAUGUUUGCUGAGAUUACCAGACCAAGCUUUCAUAAUGAUUACUUUUUCCUUUUACUUCAAUCUUACUUUCUGGUCUGCUUUUUCUGUGAACAUUACUAGCUAUAUGUAGGCACCUUAGGAAAUAUAAUAG